AUGUACGUACCGCCUGCCAUCCGAGUAACGCUAGGAUGCGUGGAGAGUGGCCGUCUUGCGAGAUUCGCAAGGGUCAUCGAUCCUAAGCAUGGACGGCGCAUCGAGGCAGUCUCACGAGAAUGCGAAGGGCAUACGGGAAUCCCGACAACCAGGGUAGCCAGGAGACAGCUGCACGAACUGUUGGAUCUAGGAGUCAGCGAUACUGUCGCCUUCAUAAAGGAGCUCGCUGCGCCAUUAACCGAAGCUAUUGACAAUCGAGAUUGCCUUGCACGGAACGUUGCCACAUUGGCACAAAUGAAAUCGCCCAAAGCACCAACCACGAUGCGUUCUAAAGAUGUAAGAGUGCUAAAGUAUCGUAUUCGCAGUCUCCUACACCUUCUGUCGCCUCAGGAUACCGCCAUGCUGGCGUGCGCCCUGGCGCAUCUCGACAGUCGCCUCGGAAUUAUGGCAAGACCUCUCAUCAAACACUAUUUAUGGGCUUUGAAGGAUGUAAAUACGUACUCUAUGAGUCCGCGUGAUACUGUAGUAUCGCUCGCGCUAAUGCUCACCAGCCUUGAGAUUUUUUUUAGGGCACAAUCGCAGCUGCUGAAACAGUUAGAGGGAGGUAAUCCGGAUCAAGGGAAAGACACUGAAAAGGAAGUAAAUAAUGAUACCGGAGGUGAAGAAGUAUCAGCUACAGACAGCCAUGCCAGCAAUGUUCUAGUAACUGAGAAUCGCUGUGAGCCACUCCCAGGCGAAGUAACGAUGGCUGACGAGGUCCCCCUGACGGUUCACGACAAACUCCAUUACGGCAGUGUUAUGACAGCAAUCAUGACCGAAUGUCUGAAAACCGACAACCUGGAAGAUGUAGACCUUAUGCUUUUGAUUGCACAGGCAAUGGGCAACAUCAGCAUCCCUGCUGCUCUGCCUUCUGAGAUGGUGGUCCAGAAAGUGAACGUCCAGGAUCUGGACGACAACCACCUGUGCAAAUUCACCCAUGCUUGUGCUUCCAUCAUGACGUUGCACAAUGUGAAUCUAGAUGGCGUCAUAGAGGCCUCCAUGAAGGAGAUGGCAAAGCGGGCCAAUGCUGGUUCCGUCCAGAUGAGUGCGGCACACGUGGCGCAAGCAUUUCAUGCGUUUUAUCUAACAGGCAAAUUGGACUCCCGCCUCAUGACAACUCUUGCGAAAAAUCUGGUGGCAGCAAAUGCGGGCUUCAGCAACUCCACGGAUUACUACCGAGUGGCCAUUCCACUCGCUAUUACUGGGCAGCUAUCAAGCGAAGAGAUAUGCAUCUGGGUGCUCAACCAACUAGCGUAUAACGCCGAGGAAUACACUAAGGACACGUCGCACUUCCUGUUUCUGCUGACAAGCAUCGCUAACAGCAUAAAGGUUGCAUGGAAACGUCGGUCAAAGCUGCCCCUGCGGGCGGUAGCACUGGAAACCGACAUUUAUGAGAAGGCUGAGACCGACCUCAGGCAUCAGGAGGGGGAGAAGCACUACUUCCCCAGCCCUAGAUCCGCCGUUCUCUUUCUGAUCGACAGAGCCAAUGCGCUCAUCAAGCGCAGCAGUAGUGACGAAUUCGUGCAAAUACUGCUACUCAACUGCGUCAAAAGCUUCAAACCAGACUCAAGGGUCAAGUUUGAACUGCUGAACGAGUGCAAGAAGAGAGUUAACGAAAUUAGUUGUGGUGGCAUCCCGCAAGUGUUGCAGACGCUGUUUAUGUUGUUCUCGCCCAAUGCACCUGAGCUUGUGGAGGCGUUGGUGCUUUAUCUGGAGCGUGUAUUGGCGGAAAUAACACUGCAUAACGACCCGGGAGUCUUACAAAUCGAAGGAUCGCGACUGUUCGAAAUCAGCUUCUUACAGGACAUCAACAUCCUCGGAAAUGUACUAUCGAUAUUCGACAGAUGCAACCUCAACCGCGGUGACCUGGCAACACAGGUUGCCGAAAUGCUGGAACGAUCCAAUUUCCAACAGCUGGAAAGUGCCACCAUACAGGCGCUGAUCGAUCUGCUACACUAUCUCGCCUUUUCAGUGGACCACCACGAGGCCAUCGAUGUCAUGGCGAUAUUGCUGCAGCGAAAAUUGGAAGACGGCGCGACAGUGUCAUCGGGACAGCUAGCAGCAAUCGCGGAAUGCUUUGUUGCGGCUCCAAUGACGCUGAAUCCCCUGAGGCAUCAGGGGCUAAUCCAGACUAUAAAAGAGAAAUGCAAAAUGCCGGCCGCCGUAGUUACGCCAGCAGACCUUUUUUCCCUCGACGUCGAGGGGGAAGGUUUCGUCCCGGAGGCUGAGGAGGAAUUCACGGAUUGCUCGAUAAACAUCAAGCCGUCUCAGGCCCAUCUGAAACCCGCUCAUGAGAAUACCGCGGACUUCCAGGUUUCGUCGGCCACCUACGUCAGGCCGCUUAGGACCCUCAGCCGGCCGCUGACGUCAGAGGAAACAAAACUCUACAGGCAGACGAUACUCGAUCUGCGGAAGUGUAUAUACAGCAUGAUCGCUAAUGAGGACUUCUGCGUGUCGUGUGACGUGGCGGAGUCGAAGAAGGACGACUUUGGUGACGUUUCCGAGGUCUCCGACUCGUCGGAUUCGCCAAUGUCGCAGGAGAGCAAGAUAAUGCCAGCAUCUCCGUCAGCGACCACCGUGAACCACAGCAUAGAGGGGUCUAGGAAGGCGCCCAGACUGGGAAGCGGCGCCAAACAUGCGAGAAUGUCGCACAACAUGGACAGCAAUCGUGAGGUGUCGUCUGAUGAGGUGGACAAGAAGCCCACUAGAUGCGACGAGCCUGCGGUAAAACGCAGUAAUACUAAGCCGGAUGGUCACUACUCUAAAAAGGCCGCCAAUUCCCCUAACGACAGCGUCUCUGCCACUGCCAAGGGGUCCUCACAGAGCGCACCUUUGCUGCGCUUGACGGGAUCGAAGAUGAAGCGAACAACAAGCGAUGAAGCCAUGACUGGUCUAGACACAAGUGUCGCCGAUGCGACCGUUGAUGCUACUGCGGAUGACGCGAUUAAAUUGACCAUCAGCACUAGCAAGCUGAGCAACACGGUCACUGACAUCGAGCAUACGCAGAUGGGCUCAUCCAUGCCGUUCCCGCGGUUCUCCAGAUCUUCCAGGGGUAACAUGCCUGGGGGGAUGGGCAGGCAGGGACGCAGAUAUUUCUUCGCCUCCGAUGGCCUGAAGUUGGACCCCUUGCCCAUCUGCCACAUGACUUUCCUGGCGCACCUGUAUCGGCGCAAGCGGUCGGUGUGCUUCUUCUGCGGCUUCAUCACCUGCCCUCGGACGUCCAGCCCCGCGAACAACUGCCCCUCUAUGCGCUGCUCACGCUGCUCGUUCAAGCACAAGUGGGGAAGGAACCAGUGCAAGGAUAAGGGCGACGUGGUGAAGUUCUACCACCGCACCAACGACUGGCGUCAGCGCCGUGAAAACCCGUGGGUGAGGAUGCCAAAACACAUCCGGGCGGCGGUGAAAUGCUUCUACUGCGGCAAGAACGGCGAGGCCAACUUCAAGUGCCGGGGCGUCUCCUGCCCUAAUGCCGCAGCCACGCUCGAAGUGCGCUGCCUGGAGCUGUUGGGGAAGAACAAUCUGGACCGUAUGGUGAGGCAAACGCCGCUCAUGUUCAGGCACCUGAGGGACCGUCACUUCGAAUUCAGCUGA